AUGGCGCCCAAGAUCGAUCCAAAUGAAAUUAAGAUUAUCUAUCUUAGAGCCACUGGUGGUGAAGUUGGUGCUUCCAGCGCUUUAGCUCCGAAAAUUGGUCCGCUUGAUAUUGCUAAGGCUACAGCGGAUUGGAAGGGUCUGCGUGUGACGGUCAAAUUAACUAUUCAGAACCGUCAAGCAGCUGUUUCAGUUGUACCAAGUGCUUCUUCCUUAGUCAUUAAAGCCUUAAAGGAGCCGCCAAGGGACCGUAAGAAGGAAAAAAACAUUAAACAUUCUGGCAAUAUUACACUUGAUGAAGUAAUCGAAAUUGCUCGAACAAUGCAUUUAAGCGACUCGAUUGAAGCUGGUGAAGUAGAAGGGCUUGAAGAACUAGGCUCAAAAUUUGGUAAAGUUGAAUCUGUUCGUAUGCCGAGGGAUUAUGAAGGCAGAAGUCGUGGUUACGGCUUUAUUGAAUUUUCGCAUGAAGAAGAAGCUGCAAAAGCUAUGGAAGGACUCAACGGAUUCGAGUUUGAAGGUAGGGAACUGAGAGUAGCCGAAGCUCGUGGUGGGUCUAGUGGUCCCCGUGGCGGAUUUGGUGGCUUUUCACGUGGCAGUAACUUCGGGAGAUUUGUUGACCGUGGCGGUCGUGAUCAUACUUAA